GGUCACCAUUUGUUUCACAAUAACGACGACAACAACGACUGACUGACUGACGGCUGCGCUCAAGAAGUUGUUGUCUAAUAACUGAUUCAUUUCACUGACUGACUGACUGAGCCCUGCGUUCAUAUAAAACAUGUCCGUCUGUGACGUCAAACACCGCACGCCGGCGGCGACGACGACAACAACAGCGGCGGUCGCGGCUGAAGACACAGCUAAACACUGGCCAACAAAGCAGUCAACGGCGGCUGCAGUGGUAGUGAAGAACAACAACAACAACAAGAAGAAAGAGUUGAUCGCCAAUAAUAAGACCAACAAUUCUGCUGACGAUGAAGAAGAAGAUGAAGACAACGAAGACGAUGAUGAAGAAGAAGAAGACGACGCCAAAGACAUCGCCGACCGUUACGCUCUUCACGCGGCCGUCUUUGACGGCGAUCUCAGACGUAUUGCCCAACUUGUUCGCCGCUACGACGUCCAGCUUAAGGAUCCGCACGGCAAUACACCGUUACAUUUGGCCGUAAUGCUUGGCCAUCGGGACGUUAUUCAGCUAUUGUUAGCCCAUUCGGCUCCAGUCAAAUGCAAGAACAUCCAGGGCUGGAGUCCGCUGGCCGAAGCCAUCAGCUACGGUGACCGACAAACCAUUACAUCAUUGUUACGCAAACUUAAACGUCAAUCGCGCGACCAAAUGGACUGCCGUCGGCCGGAUCUCAUACGGGCCCUGAAUAAGAUGCAAAACUUUCGUCUGGAACUCAAAUGGGACUUUCAAUCGUGGGUACCGCUGGUCAGUCGAGUAUUACCGUCGGACGUGUGUCGUAUACAUAAAAAAGGUUCGUCAAUACGAUUGGACACAACUUUGGUCGACUUUUCCGAUAUGCGUUGGGAACGCGGCGACGUAUCCUUCCUAUUCUCUGGUAUGGCUAAGCCAUCCGAAUCUCUGGUAGUAGUGGACAACAAACUUCGUUGCUAUCAACGGGUACGCUAUGAAGAAUCUGACGGCGAAAUCGACGACGAAGUCGAUAUGUUAAUGUCCAGCGAUAUAGUUGCCGCACAAAUGUCUACAAAAGCUAUACAAUUUUCGCGGGCGCAGUCCGGUUGGCUGUGGCGUGAAGACCGAUCCGAACGGGUCGGUUCGUUUAUGGCCGACUUCUAUUCGAUAUCGGGUCUGUAUCUUGAAUCGCGUAAACGACGCGAACAUCUGUCCGACGAAGAUCUACAAAAAAAUAAGGCUAUUAUCGAAAGUCUGACCAAAGGCGGUGCCGCGGCCGCCGCUACCGGUGUUGUUGCCGCCGCCAACAAUGGACAGGCAGCUAUAGGUGGUGGUGAUGGCGGCGGCGGUGGUAAUGAUAAUCUAACAAUUGAACCGACGUUAGCGGCAACAGCAACAACAACGGCUGCUGUUCAGCGACGCCGUUCGCUGACACCGCCGCCGACCACUUCGGUUACUUGGGACGAGUAUAUACGUGCAGCUCCUGGACAGCAUCGGCCACUGGGUCGGCAGCCUGUUUGCAAAGAGUCGGUAAAGGCAUUCAAGGCUACACUAGCAAUGAGUCAGGACUUCCCGAUGACAGUAGACUCGUUGCUUAACGUACUGGAAGUGAUGGCACCGUUCAAACAUUUUCAUAAACUCAGACAAUUUGUAGUCAUGAAACUCCCGCCAGGAUUUCCAGUCAAAAUCGACAUACCUAUACUGCCGACAGUGACGGCGCGCAUAACAUUCCUGUUGUUUGAGUUGGACGACAACAUUCCCGACUCGUUGUUCGAAAUUCCUGUCGACUAUCGGGAAGAUUGCAAUCGAUUUCCCGAUUUAUGACGUUAACAGUCUAGUCAUCGCUCACACACACACACACACACAGACACCAAACACACUCACACAUUGUAGUGCAUACACACACACAUAAACACAUGCAGCACGCGAUGCACGCGCGUAAUAAUUGAACCA